AUGGCAAAUAGAAACAUUUUCUCGUGUUUUCCACGUUUGCGCUUUCGAAAUCGCGCCAGACGUCAGAUACCUGAUGAUGUUGAACAGAAAGUAGAUCGACUUCCAGAGAUCCGAGAUGCUCCUAAAGGUGACACCAGCUCCCAGACAGAGAACGCGAAGCUGAGUGCUUUGCAGAAAAAACUGGACAUUGAGCUGAAGGUGAAGCAGGGAGCAGAGAAUCUGGUUAAAGCAUAUUCCAAUGAUCCUCCCAAAAAUGCCAAACAUAUUGCCGCUGCCCAGAAAAAACUUAAACGCAGUGAGAAAAAAAUAGCCAAGUUGCGCAGUCGAAUCCAGUCUCUUAUAAAAGAGCAACCAUCGUUACCAGCUCCGGAGACGGACAUUAACACUGUUGCUCCUUCGCUGUUGGUGACGGACACACAGGAGCCAGAGCCGGCUGGGACUCCUGUGAAUUCUGCAUUCUGCCAGGCAGGGUGUGAGAGUGCUUUGGAUAUCACACAGGAAGCACAGAAUGUAGAAUUCUAUACGGUGCAAAGACAUAGAAAUCGGCAACUCUACGAUUUUCCAAUCUUACCUUUAAAACCAAUUACCCUACCGGAUGUGGAACAUGACUUUGAGACACCUAGUCAAACAAUUUCAGCUUAUAUUAAGAUCCAGAAUAUACUGGCCCAGCUCGCCAGAGGUCAGAUACCUGAUGAUGUUGAGCAGAAAGUAGAUCAACUUCCAGAGAUCUCAGAUGCUCCUACAAGUGACACCAGCUCCCAGGCAGACAACGUGAAGCUGAGUGCUUUGCAGAAACAACUGGACAUUGAGCUGAAGGUGAAGCAGGGAGCAGAGAAUCUGGUUAAAGCAUAUUCCAAUGAUCCUCCCAAAAAUGUCCACCAUAUUGCUGCUGUCCAGGAGAUACUUCAAGACAGCGAGAAUAAAAUAGCCAAUUUGCGCAGUCAGAUCCAGUCUCUUAUAAAAGAACAACCAUCGUUACCAGCUCCGGAGACGGACAUUAACACUGUUGCUCCUUCGCUGUUGGUGACGGACACACAGGAGCCAGAGCCGGCUGGCGAUUUUCCAAUCUUUCCUAUGAAAGCAAUUGUCCUACCGGAUGUGGAACUGGACUUAGAAAUGCCUCCUGCUCCAAGUCAGACAGUUUUAGAUAACAUUCAGCACGACAUUUCAGUAUACAUUGAGGUCCCAGAUUUCCUGGCUCAGGAUUACGAAGAAGGCCACAAAUAUACCAGCGAUAAUGAACACAUUACAGCAAACCCAACACCAGACGUUAUACGUGAGCCUGAUAGGACAGUUUCCCCUCUGGAUAACAGUAUUCGUGAACCUUCCAAAACAUCUAAGGACGUGCGUAUUCGGCCCCGAAUUCCUCUCGCCAUGGAGGACUUCAAGCUCCGCUCUGUGCUGGGUAGAGGGAGCUUCGGAAAGGUUCUACUGGCUAAGUACAAGAACACAAACAAAAUGUACGCCUUGAAAGUCAUGAGAAAAGGGGACAUAGAAUCAUCACCUAAGCUUGAUAGCCUUCUGUGUGAGAAGCGCGUAUUUCAAGCUGUGACCAACAGGCGCUACCCAUUUCUAAUUAACUUGUUCGGGUGUUUCCACACUCAAGACCACAUCAUUUUUGCGAUGGAAUAUGCUGCUGGGGGCGACCUAAGCACACUCCUUAACAACAAAAGGCGUCCCUUUCCAGAAUCCAGAGCUAUAUUUUUUUCUGCCUGUGUCGUCCUGGGACUGGAAUUCUUACACGAACAGAAGAUCGUCCACCGAGACCUGAAAUUAGAGAAUAUUGUUCUAGACGAAAAAGGGUUCGCAAAGAUCACAGACUUUGGUCUUUGCAAAGAAGGAAUCGGAUACGGAGACACAACCGGGUCCCCUCGUGGAACCCCGCAUUACGUAGCUCCUGAAGUGUGCAAGGGCAAGCCGUACACAAGAGCUGUAGACUGGUGGAGCUUCGGGGUGGUCAUUUAUGUAAUGCUAUCUGGAAAGUUUCCCUUUGAAAGCCAUGAUUUGAAAAAGUUAACUGCGAGUAUCAUCAAAGGAAAAUUCAUAUGUCCAGAAUCCCUAUCAAGAAACUCAACUUCAAUAAUAAAGCAGGUUAGUCGCCACAUGUUUCGUGUUUAA